GCGAGGAAAGCCGGGAUUGGAAGCUCAGGAGGUGACGUAACUUUCCCCUUUGGGUGGCCUUCCGCUCCGGCGGCUGUCGGGAGGGGCUCCCGGAACAUUUAGCAGGCCUUCUCGAACGCUCGGCUCUUGGAUUUGCGAUGAGGUCGGUUAGCUACGUGCAGCGUGUGGCCCUGGAAUUUAGCGGGAGCCUCUUCCCGCAUGCAGUCUGCCUCGGAGACGUCGACAACGAUACGACCCAGGAAAGAAGAGUUGGAGGUGGUUCAGCAGGAUCCCAUGCUAACACUCUUCUCUCUCCAUUUGAAGUUAAAUGAACUGGUGGUGGGAGACACCAGCGGAAAGCUGUUGGUGUAUAAGAAUGAUGACAGCCGGCCAUGGCUCACCUGUUCCUGCCAGGGAAUGCUGACUUGCGUUGGGGUUGGAGACGUAUGUAAUAAAGGAAAGAACCUGGUGGUGGCAGUGAGUGCUGAGGGCUGGUUUCACUUGUGUGACCUGACACCUGCCAAGGCCCUGGAUACUUCUGGGCACCAUGAGACCCUAAUGGGAGAGGAACAGCGUCCGGUCUUCAAGCAGCACAUUCCUGCCAAUACCAAGGUCAUGCUGAUCAGCGACAUCGAUGGAGAUGGGUGUUGCGAGCUGGUGAUAGGUUAUACAGACCGUGUAGUGCGGGCUUUCCGCUGGGAAGAUCUGGGAGAGGGCACUGAACAUCCGACAGGGCAGCUGGUGUCACUUAAGAAAUGGAUGCUGGAGGGUCAGGGUCCCGCUUCCUUCUCUGUCCAGCCGCCUUUAAGCGCCUGUUCCCUGGUGCAGGUGGACAGCCUCUCGGUGACUCCAGGGCCCCUGGGUGUUCCUGAGCUGAUGGUAUCGCAGCCAGGCUGUGCUUAUGCAAUUCUACUGUGUACCUGGAACAAGGACACUGGACCCCCUGCUACCUCUGAGGGGGCCAUGGAGGGCAGUCGGGAGACUCCGGCUGCCCGAGAUGUCAUGCUGCACCAGACGUCCGGACGCAUCCACAACAAGAAUGUCUCCACUCACCUCAUUGGCAACAUCAAACGAGGCCACACCCCUGACAGUGGUGGCUCCGGCCUCUUUGCUCUCUGCACCCUGGAUGGGACACUGAAGCUGAUGGAGGAAGCGGACAAGCUGUUGUGGUCAGUGCAGGUGGAUCACCAGCUUUUCGCCCUAGAGAAACUGGAUGUCACGGGCAACGGGAUCGAGGAGGUGGUCGCCUGUGCCUGGGACGGACAGACGUACAUCAUUGAUCACAACCGCACAGUUGUCCGCUUCCAAGUGGAUGAGAACGUCCGAGCCUUCUGUGCAGGCCUAUAUGCCUGCAAAGAGGGCCGCAACAGCCCCUGCCUGGUGUAUGUCACAUUCAACCAGAAGAUCUAUGUGUACUGGGAGGUGCAGCUUGAGCGGAUGGAAUCUACGAAUCUGCUGAAGGUGCUGGAGGCCGAGCCAGACUACCAGGGCCUGCUACAGGAGCUGGGCGUGGAUCCUGACGACCUCCCAGCAGUCCGCACCCUGGUUCACCGAAGCCUCUACCAUCCUGACCAGCCACUGCAGUGUGCUCCUGCAAGCCUCCAAGAUCCCACCUAGCUGGACUUGCCCUCCUGGCUGAAGAAGGAUCCUUCUGAACCUCUCCACCCCCAAGAUAUCCGUGGUAUUGGCAGGAUAGGGAAGAUACAUCCCCGAGGAUCGUGGAAGGAUGGAAACGACUCCAGGGUGACUGUGAACUGUAGAUCUCACAGUCUUCUUCAUGAGAGGAGACAAGUUGACUCUCUGCCCAUUUUCUUGUGUACCUCACCUGUCAGUCACAUCAGCAGGGUUGUAGGACCCCAACCUUAUUUCACUUCAUCUGGGGCUGCCCAUUCCCCAGAGCUCCCCACUCUUGUGUGGAAAGCAGCCUUGUUUGUGAGGAGGGAGCACAGAUCUCUUGCAGGGCCCCACACCCAUGAGGAAACUAGGCUUGGAGGCCAGUGGAGUGGUAAGGUAAGGGCCCACCUCAUCCCAGGUGUCAUCUCCUGUGGCACAGCUCCAGUUCACCCACAGUAGGAACUCUUACAGGAAUGGCAAAUUCUGUUUUGUGUCUGAGGGGUCCUUCAGGACAUUGCACAGUCUGGUCUUCUUGUGUCCCCAGCAACCCUGAGAUGAUUUUCUUCUAUUUUCCAAAGAAACUGGGCCAGCACUGUCUCAUUUUGCCAUGUUUUCAAGAAGUGUGCACUUUCAUAGGCCUUGCUCCAUUUCCCACCCACCAUUUCUAUAAAAAAAAACCUCAUUGUGUGCCAAACAAUAGACGUUUAAAAUCUGAUGAAGGUUUAUGAUCCAGCCACAAUCAGAAUUAUAUCUUGGGCCAUUUUUAUUGCUUGUGCUCUUAAUUCUGUGUGCUUUAAAUCACUGUCUUUCAAAUUGUAGGUUGCAAUCUUUUGGUGGGUUGCAGUCAGCACUGUUUUGAAUAAAUGAAAUAGAGUAAAAUAGAAUGAAAGAUACAGUAUAGUGCUUGUAAUAUAGGGAAAUAGUGUUUUGUUACAAUUGUAUGUAUAUGCACGUAUGUGUAUACUGAGUGCAAUAUAAAGAAUAUCUCCUGCUGAGAAUUC